AUGGAGAAACCAUGCGUUUUGGCAACCACACUUGGGAGGAAAAGGGGCAUCAAACAGAGUUUGGCACCUUGUAUUGAGAAACACUUCACUGUAAUCUCAUACGAGAGAUUUGUACAUAAGAAAGAAGACUUCGCAGACACAAUCCAGGCACUGUUUGUGUGGGUUGUAACAAUUAAAGUUGACAAAAAUCUGUUACAGUCCUUGCCUAACCUUAAAGUUGUAGUCAAUGGCGUGGUAGGAGUAGACCGUCUUGAUAUUCCACUGAUCAAUAUAACUUUGGAGUCAAAAGUUUCCAACACUCCUCAUGUGGUGGAUAAUGCCACAGCAGAUAUCGGGAUGGCCUUGAUGUUGGUAUCUGCAAGGAAGAUUGUUGAGGGGCACAAUUUUUCUAGGUUCAGUGAAUCUGAUGAUUUACCAUGGGCCUCUUUGGGCACUGAUGUUAGUGGGGCCACCAUAGGCAUCAUUGGCAUGGGUAGAAUUGGAUACAAAAGUGUGCAAGGUUUUGACCUCUACCACAGUAGGUAUCGAAGGGCCGAGAGUGAAGAGAAAGCAGUUGGGGCCACAUAUUGUGAAAGGAUGGAGGAUCUGCUACAGAGCUCAGACUUUGUCAUGGUGGUGGUCAGUCUGUACCCUCAGUCACACAGACUGAUUGGUGCCAAAGAGCUCGCCAUGAUGAAACCCAGCAGCACCCUUAUCAACACUAGCAGAGCCUUGGUAGUGGACCAAGAUGCCUUGGUGGAUGCUCUCCAGAAGGAACUGAUAUGAGCUGCAGCUUUAGAUGUCACUUAUCCUGAACCUCUGCCCAGGGACCAUCCCCUGCUAUCCUUCCCUAAUGUUAUAGUCCUGCCUCAUCUAGGAACCAGUACUGUGGAGACAACUCAUGUCAUGGUGGAGAGGAUGUUGACCAAUGCCUUGGCUGCUCUAUCCGGAGGCAAGCCUCCCGAUGAGGUUAAGGCAUAGAGCCAGAUCACAGAGCCAUCUGUCCUUCCUUUCAUUUUAACCCAGCAAAACGUAUGACUGAAAAAACUGAUUAGACAGAAUCAUUUUAUUAUAAAACUGAAUCGGAAUAUGUUUUGAGAAAUCUGUGAGUUUAGAAUGAUUUGUCUCUUGCUAAUGUAAGUUAAACGGAUGCAUAUAUUGAUUCUGUAUAACAUCACAGCACAGUAUAAAAUGUUUUCAUCCUGAUGCUAAUUAUUCUACUCUAAAAUAAACAAAGUAAGGUACAGAAGAACUACAUCGUGUCUUUUCAU